AUGGUUCUUAACUCAUCAAAGAUGUGGCUAGUGGUAGUCCUUGCUCUGGUAAUGGGCUCAGUUACCUGCUUCUUAAACCCGAUUAAUGAGGAAAUGGUUGAAAAUAUUAAGGAGAAGGCUAAGUCUUGGGCCCCAAUGGAGGUUCAUGAGAAUCCCUUGUCUUCCAAGAAUCCUUUUGAGCUUAUUAAAACUAUUGGGUCGAAAGGUAUUCAGGAAGACAUCUCUUUGGAAAAUGAUGAUUUUGAUGAUGACGAUAUCCCAGAGAGUUACAACAUUAAGGAGCAAUGGCCUGACUGCGUCAUCCCAGUGCAGAACCAGGAGUUCUGAGGAGCAGACUGGGCUCUCAUUGGAGUCGGAAUCCUCAGCGAAAGAUACUGCAUCCAAUCAGGAGGAGAGACCAAGCUCAACCUCAGUGUCGAAAGCAUCCUAGCCUGUGAUGAUCAUGACUGGGGAUGCAGUGGCGGAUAUCCAGAUAGAGCCUGGGACCACAUGACCGACAGCGGUAUUUUAACAGAGGAAUGCUUCCCAUUCGAAUCAAAAGAUGGCCAUAGGAGUCAAUGUCCCUUCCAGAACAAGUGUGUUGGCACAGCAGACGCAGAGUACAAGAAAUAUUACUCCACUCCUUUUAACUUCUUCUCUGGAGAAAAAUCAAUCCAGAAAGAACUUAUGGCUAAUGGACCAGUCCAAACUGAGUUCCAGGUUUAUGGAGAUUUCUUGAGUUAUAAGUCCGGAAUUUACCAACAUGUCACUGGAGCUAAACUUGGAUUUUAUUCAGCCAAAAUUGUAGGCUGGGGAGUUGAAGAUGACCAGAAAUAUUGGGUAGCCGCUUCUGUUCAUGGAGAAAACUGGGGAGAAAAUGGCUAUUUCAGAAUCCUUAGAGGUACUAAUGAAUGCAAUUUCGAGUCAAGUACAAUGGCUGGAAAUCCAAGAGAGUCCUAAGGUAUGAUUAGUUCUCAUUCAUU